CAGUGGUACUGCGUUCUCUGCAAGCACAGUUUUUUUGCAGCGGUUUUACAAUCUACGGCUGAUUUGGUAUUCUCCAAGCCCAAGCUACCCAAUUUGGUAAUUAAAAAUCCCAACUUGAUUCUUUUCUUGGUUCAUUGAAAAUUCUAAGUACAUGUUCUGUUUCUCUCUGUCUCGCUCUUAAACUAUAAAUACUGCCAUUCACUCCCACGAAUCUCACAUCCAUAUUCAAGUUAUCAAUCAUCUUUCUUAACAAUACUACUAUUACUACCAUCAUCAUCAUCUGAGGAAGGAAAAAGGAAAAGCCAUGUCUAGCACAGCUGGUCAGGUCAUCAAGUGCAGAGCUGCGGUGGCGUGGGAGGCUGGGAAGCCUCUGGUUAUUGAGGAAGUGGAGGUGGCACCACCACAGGCUAACGAAGUCCGCAUAAAGAUCCUCUUCACCUCUCUUUGCCACACUGAUGUUUAUUUCUGGGAAGCCAAGGGACAGACACCAUUGUUUCCCCGCAUAUUUGGUCACGAGGCUGGAGGAAUAGUAGAGAGUGUUGGCGAGGGUGUGACCGAGCUUCAACCAGGUGAUCAUGUCCUCCCUGUCUUCACUGGGGAAUGCAAGGAGUGCCGCCACUGCAAGUCAGAGGAGAGUAAUAUGUGUGAUCUCCUACGAAUCAACACUGACAGAGGGGUCAUGCUCAAUGACGGCCAGACAAGGUUCUCUAAGAAUGGACAACCUAUAUACCAUUUUGUUGGGACCUCUACUUUCAGUGAAUACACUGUUGUUCAUGUUGGAUGUGUUGCCAAGAUCAACCCUGCAGCACCACUUGACAAAGUCUGCAUUCUUAGCUGCGGAAUAUGCACAGGUCUUGGGGCCACCAUAAAUGUUGCAAAACCACAAAAAGGUUCAUCCAUAGCUAUUUUUGGAUUGGGUGCUGUUGGUCUUGCUGCUGCUGAAGGGGCAAGAAUUGCAGGGGCUGCGAGGAUCAUUGGUGUUGAUUUGAACUCCAGUCGAUUUGAAGAAGCCAAGAAGUUUGGGGUGAAUGAGUUUGUGAAUCCAAAAGAUUAUGAUAAACCUGUUCAAGAGGUAAUUGCUGAGAUGACUAAUGGAGGAGUGGACCGAAGUGUUGAAUGUACCGGAAGCAUCCAGGCUAUGAUAUCUGCAUUUGAAUGUGUUCAUGACGGUUGGGGUGUUGCUGUUUUAGUUGGUGUACCAAAUAAAGAUGAUGCAUUUAAAACCCAUCCAGCGAAUUUCUUAAAUGAGAGGACUCUUAAGGGUACCUUCUAUGGUAAUUAUAAACCCCGGUCUGAUCUUCCUGCUGUUGUGGAAAAGUACAUGAAUAAGGAAUUGGAACUAGAGAAAUUUAUCACUCACUCGGUAUCUUUCUCGGAGAUCAACAAAGCAUUUGAAUAUAUGCUGCAAGGAAAGUCUAUAAGGUGUAUCAUCCGCAUGGAAUAAUAAACUGUUGUCUAAUCUUGUGCAAAGAAAGAAAUAGUCUACAAUAGUUUCGUGGUUGAAAUUUGUUUUACUAUAAUAAGUCCUUAAUGGUCGUUUGCUACUCCUUAUUUAUUUGUUUAUUUAUCGAAUAUAAUGUUCAUAUAUUUGCUUAUAUAUCAUGGCAUUGGCAUUACUUUA